AUGAUUAGUGGGAAGAGUUCUAGAGGAAAGAUAAAAACCUGUGGCAUCCAUGAUAUGUUAAGGGACCUAUGCUUAAAGAAAGCCCAGGAGGAGAAGUUUUUUCAUGUCAGAGAUAAAGAUAACAUUUUUCCUGAAAGCAUAAAGUAUUCACGUCGCCUGUGUAUUCAUCCAGAUAUUCUUCACGAGGAAUUCAAAUGUUACCAGUCCAUGGGAUCCUUGCCAGCAGUCCGUUCUAUUUUAAUUUAUGGUGUUCCAAGUAUUUCAUAUUCUGAAGGCCCUAAAGGCAUAGAUGAAAGCCAGAUUAACGAAUUAGUUGAUGGAAAACUAUUUCCACUGCUCAGGGUGUUGGAUCUUAAACAAUAUAAACAGAUCAACGAAUUGAAGGCUGAAGUAAUAGCUAACCUUGAGUCAAAUGACGACAAACUGCAAAUCAGAGGCUGUUCUGAGCUCUGGCUUGUUUUUGUUUACAUAUCGGAGGGAUUCAUAUCGGAGGGAAUUGGUCCUCGACUCCUCGAGUUUCUUGAUAGAAUUGAUUACCCGAAGCUUCAGCUUGCGGCAGCGAGGGCUAUAGCAGAUAUUUCACAUCGUUCAUCCAACAACAUCCACCUGAUUGAACAGGGUGCAGUAGUUCCCACUAUGGUGAGCCUUGUUAGUUCUCCCACGGAUGAACAUCGCAGAGAGGCACUUGAGGUGUUGGCAACGAUUGCCGAUGUCUCAGCAGAAUCUCGUGACCUUGUCCUUAGUCAUGGAGUGUUAAUGCCCUUAUUGGAACAAUUUACUGAUAAAACAAAACCAACCAUCUUGAGACAGGCAACUGAGUUAUUGUCAGUGCUUUGUAUGAGAAAGCCUCGGUUCGAGCAGGUGAAAUCUGCCAUCCUACCUCUCGCUCAUCUGAUCCAUUCAGACGAUCCAAGAAUCUUUAGGCCCGCAUGCAUGGCACUAUUCUAUCUAACUUGUGGGGAAAUGGAUAUGAAACAAGCUGUGAUUGAUGCUGGUGUUAUCCCUCGUUUCUUUGAGCUUUUACUAUAUCGUGACACAUAUAUUUCAUCUCCUGCCGUGUGCACCGUUGGUAAUAUUAUUUCAUACGUAGAUGAUACCCAGAUUCAGGCGGUGAUUGAGGCUGGUAUUAUUUCACCUCUUCUCCCAAUGCUUCAAGAUGCUCAACUAUUUAAAGCUGUAGCUGAGGUUAUCUAUAAUGUCACAACUAAGGGAACUAAUGCGCAAAUCAAGUUCCUGGUGCACGAGGGUUGUAUAGAGCCAAUGUACGAUCUUCUAGUUAAUCCCAACGAAGUUCAUGUCAUAAAAAUCUGCUUGGAAGGCCUUGAGAAUAUUCUGAAGGUUGGAGAAGCUGAGAAGAACCAAGGUAACACCGAAGAUGUGAAUGUCUUUGCUCAAAUGAUUGUUGAUGCUGGGGGCAUAGAGAAGAUUAAGAACCUCCAGACUCAUGACAACAGUAAAAUACGAGAACAGAUCAGGAAGAUACUUGAAACAUAUUGGUAG